UCCAAAGUUAGUAGGAUUCAAAAGUGUCUGGUGUUUCCUAGAAUUACGCAUUCCCUUGAGGUUAGCGCGAAACUCUGAAGGUUCAAAAAUGGAUGAAAGUGGAGGCACAGGAGGGGCAUUUGUCUUGUCUGAGAGAGCAACCCAUCCAAACCCCGGUGAUCUGCUCGCGAUUGUCCUUGUCCUCGUUCGCUGUGAAACCCCGCUCUCUGACCCACCCGCGGAAUCCGUUCACCCGGAAUCCGCCAUGGAAGAUGUAUAACAUAAUAUCGACGCCGGCGUCUAAGUUCCGCCAGUUCAGGCGACUCCGAUCCCGACCGAAGACAACAACAGAGACAGAGGAGGAGCACGCGUUUCAAAUCCUAUGGCGGCACCAGAUACUGGACCCCGACAGCGACAUCGUGGCGUAUUGGAACAAGGUGUUUCUCGUGACAAGCCUCCUCGCUCUCUUCGUCGACCCUCUCUACUUCUUCCUCCCCACAGUGGGUGGCCCCGCCUGCUUGCAGGCUGACCCCAAACUCAGCAUUAUCGUCACCAUCAUCCGCUCCUUCGCUGACCUCUUCUACGUCCUCCACAUGCUCAUGAAGUUCCGAACCGCCUUCGUGGCCCCCAACUCUAGAAUCUUCGGCCGCGGUGAACUCGUCAUGGACUCCCGCGAAAUCGCCACGCGUUACCUCAGAUCCGAUUUCGUCAUUGACCUCGCCGCCACCAUCCCUCUCCCUCAGAUUGUGAUUUGGUUGGUGAUUCCAGCGAGCAGAAACGCAAGAACUGAUCAUGCCAACAAUACUCUUGCUCUUUUUGUACUUAUUCAAUAUGUUCCUAGGUUGUUUCUCAUCUUUCAUUUGAACCAGCGUAUUCAGAAAACCACUGGCGUUAUUGCCAAGACUCCCUGGAUUGGAGCCGCAUACAAUCUUAUUCUCUACAUGCUAGCCAGCCAUGUUACAGGAGCCACUUGGUAUCUAUCGUCAAUAGGGAGGCAAUUUAACUGCUGGAAAACGCAGUGCCAAAUAGAGAACAAAUCACAUACCCUCUCUUGCUUUUCAAGUUAUCUUGAUUGCAAUAGUUUGAACGUCCCUGAUAGGCAAUACUGGCUAAACAUCACCCAUGUAAUCACCAAAUGUGACGCGAAGAGCAAAAUCAACAUAAAAUAUAAAUUUGGGAUGUUCGCAGAGGCUUUCCUGAACGAUGUUGUCAUUUCCAGUUUCAAGGAAAGAUACUUAUACUGUCUUUGGUGGGGUUUGAGAAAUCUAAGUUCAUACGGACAGAACUUGGACACCACCACAUAUCUUCCAGAGACAUUAUUUUGCAUCGUCUUAUGCAUUGCUGGACUGGUUCUCUUUUCGCUUUUGAUUGGAAACAUGGAGACGUACUUGUCAUCAAUGACAGUUAGACUUGAAGAAUGGAGGAUUCGGAAAAGAGAUACCGAGGAGUGGAUGAGGCAUCGCCAGUUACCACCACAUUUGCAGCAACGUAUCCGUCGUUUUGUUCAAUAUAAAUGGCUUGCAACAAGAGGAGUUGAUGAAGAAGCCAUAAUGCUUUCGUUACCUUUGGAUCUUCGUCGAGAAAUUCAACAUCACUUGUGUCUUUCUCUCGUGCGGCGUGUCCCCUUUUUCUCCCAAAUGGACGAUCAACUUCUUGAUGCAAUUUGUGAACGUCUUUCAUCAUCACUAAGCACUGAAGGCACCUACAUAUUUCGAGAGGGUGAUCCGGUGGAUGAAAUGUUGUUUAUCAUCAGAGGGCAAUUGGAGAGUUCCACGACCAACGGAGGAAGGUCUGGAUUCUUCAACUGCAUCAAACUCAGGCCUGGUGACUUUUGCGGAGAGGAAUUGCUGACAUGGGCCCUAAUGCCAAACUCAACCCUCAACCUACCUUCUUCUACUCGAACUGUCAAAGCUCUUUCUGAAGUUGAAGCUUUUUCACUACAAGCAGAGGAUCUUAAAUUUGUGGCAAGUCAGUUCAAGCGCCUUCACAGCAAGAAACUGCAGCAUGCGUUUAGGUAUUAUUCCCAUCAAUGGAGAACAUGGGGUGCUUGCUUCAUACAAGCUGCUUGGAGACGAUAUCAGAAAAGAAAGGCAACAAGGGAGUUAUCCCUGAAAGAGGGUCUCUACUACCUGUCUUUGCCUGAGACGGAAGAAAGUGGACAUUUGGAGGAUGAUGAAACCGGGGAAUCCUCAGGGAUAACGAAAAAGGUUCAGAAUCUUGGUGCAACUGUCUUGGCAUCAAAGUUUGCUGCCAAUACAAGGAAAGGAGCACAUAAACUACCCGAUCCUGUGCCCCAGUUGUUCAAGCCAGACGAACCUGAUUUUUCUUUAGACCAUGAACUUUAGUGGUGAGCACAAGAACCAAUCAUCAGUCCAAAAACGUAUUAAACACUGGUUCAAUAGGAAGUUUUAUGACUUGGAUGUAAAUGGUACCAGUAGAAUAGUAACCUGAUCACAUUUUUCUUAACUCUUUCUUUAUUUGCAUUCAUUUGCACCAACUGUAUCAUAUACAAGGUUACCCAUGACAUUUAGAACCUUUCUUUA